GUCAUUUCUCACACACCCUCAGUAUUUUUUUUUCUUCUUACCAUUCAUCUCCGCCACCCAUCGUUUGUCCUCUUCUCAAUUCCUUCUCUUCCCUCUUUCCUUUCCCUUUUGCCACAGAAAAAGCGGCAUCCCGUGUCCGUGUUCAUCUUUAUAGGCUCCCUUCUUGGUUUACUUCCCUCGUCAUCACAUCUCUGUGCCAGUUACAAUCUCACCCGCAUUUUAAUUCCCUCUCUCUAUUAAACAGGCAUCAUGGCCUCUAAUAGCCUGACCAGGCGACCCAUCCGCUUGACUGUCAUUGCGGCGGAUGGUCUUUACAAGCGAGAUGUAUUUCGUCUUCCUGAUCCCUUCGCUGUAGUCACUGUGGAUGGGGAUCAGACUCACACAACUACCGUGAUGAAGAAGACACUUAAUCCAUACUGGAAUGAAAGCUUUGAAGUGAUGGUCACAAAUAAGAGUGUGCUCGCGGUCCAGAUUUUUGACCAAAAAAAGUUCAAAAAAAAGGACCAGGGUUUCUUGGGAACAGUCAACAUUCAAAUGGGGGAUGUUUUCGACGUGAACAUUGGAGGCGAUGAAAUGUUGACUACGGAACUAAAGAAAUCUGGAUCCAACGAUGUGGUAGUCCAGGGGAAGCUCAUUAUCAAUAUCUCAUCCAACACUAGCGGUCAAGCUGUUGCAAAUGGUCGUCUCCAAACGCCAUCGACGGCUAUUUCGCAUAAUCGAUCGUCGUCUGUUAUCUCGGGUAUGUCAUCCAGUGCAGCCUCCUCCUCCAAUCAGCGCAAUAGUGCUCAGCCUGCAUCCUCCAGUUCCUUGGGUACGAACGGACACGUGGCUGGAGCAUCUGCUUCUAUUACCGCUGCUGCAAAUAGUGCAACCAAUGGAGGGCGGCAAUUGUCAGCGUACGAGGAUCAACAUGGACCUUUACCACCAAACUGGGAGCGACGCAUUGAUCAGUUGGGUCGUACGUACUAUGUAGACCAUAACACUCGUACCACCACAUGGACAAGACCAAGCUUGACAGCAACUACACCAGAGAGGAACCAGGAACUCACAAGUCAGACGGAAAUGGAACGGAGACAACACAAUAACCGUGGACUCCCUGGUGAGCGUUCAGGUGGCAACUCUCCAUUGCCAACGGGCAACUCCACAACUAAUCUUGCCGAGACAAACUCCCCUUCGCAGACUAUUGCCAAUCCUUCAACAUCAACCUCAUCUUCAAAUGCAGCAGGACUGGCUCCUAUUAGUUUGAAUUCAACUACUGCUGGAUCUGGACCUUUGCCUGCAGGAUGGGAGCAGCGUUUGACACCCGAAGGUCGACCUUAUUACGUGGACCACAAUACACGAUCGACCACAUGGGUUGACCCCCGCCGCCAGCAAUAUGUUCGGAUGAAUGAUCCCCGAAGUUCGACUACUCAAGUCGCAGUUCACCAACAACCUGUCUCUCAGCUCGGUCCCUUACCCUCAGGAUGGGAGAUGCGCUUAACUAACACGGCUCGUGUUUACUUUGUGGACCAUAACACUAAAACGACAACGUGGGAUGACCCACGUCUUCCAAGUAGUCUGGACCAAAGUGUACCCCAGUAUAAGCGCGAUUUCCGUCGCAAACUGAUCUAUUUUAGAUCACAACCUGCACUCCGCCCUGUCCCUGGCCAGUGCCAUAUCAAGGUUCGCCGUUCACACAUCUUUGAGGAUUCUUACCAUGAAAUUAUGCGUCAGUCACCGACAGAUCUUAAAAAGAGAUUGAUGAUCAAGUUUGAAGGCGAAGAUGGUUUGGAUUAUGGCGGUCUAUCCAGAGAAUUUUUCUUCUUGUUGUCCCACGAAAUGUUCAACCCCUUUUACUGUCUUUUCGAAUAUUCUGCGCACGAUAAUUAUACCCUUCAGAUCAACCCGCAUUCAAGUAUCAACUCUGAACACUUGAAUUAUUUCAAGUUUAUCGGUCGUGUUGUAGGACUUGCCAUCUUCCAUCGUCGCCUCUUGGAUGCAUUCUUUAUUGUAUCGUUUUAUAAGAUGAUUCUCAAGAAGAAGGUCACGCUUGCGGAUUUAGAGUCAGUAGAUGCGGAUGUAUACCGUAACUUGAACUGGCUAUUGGACGACCCUAGUGGGGCAGAGACCCUGGACACGACUUUCACAACUAAUGAUGAGCGCUUCGGAGAAAUUGUGACAAUAGAGUUGAAGGAGAAUGGACAAGACAUUGUAGUGACAGAGGAAAACAAGAGGGAGUACGUUGAUCUGAUGACUGAAUGGAGAAUCACUCGUCGUGUUGAAGAGCAGUUCAAGGCGUUUGCAGAAGGAUUCCAUCAAUUGAUUCCACAGGAACUUGUCACUGUAUUUGAUGAGCGUGAGCUUGAGCUUUUGAUGGGUGGUAUCUCUGAGAUUGACUGUGAUGACUGGAAGAAGCAUACAGACUAUCGAGGUUAUACAGAGCAGGAUGAAGUAGUGCAGUGGUUCUGGAAGUGUGUCCGUUCCUGGGAUUCGGAGAAGAAGGCUCGUCUCUUGCAAUUCACGACAGGUACAUCCCGUAUUCCUGUUAACGGCUUCAAGGACCUUCAGGGAUCUGAUGGUCCCAGGCGCUUCACAAUUGAGAAAGCAGGAGAAAUUGGACAGUUACCGAAGUCGCAUACCUGCUUCAACCGUAUUGACCUCCCUCCAUACAAGUCGUAUGAUGUUCUUGUCAAUAAGUUAACAUUGGCCGUAGAAGAGACUGUUGGCUUUGGACAGGAAUAAUAGGAACAAUUAAAAAGGCAAAGUGAAA